AGUAUUUAUGUGCUGGCGUGCAAAGAAAGUUUACUGGCAUAGUCUUGAAAGUGAAAUGAUGACUGCAAUUCUUCUGCAGAUUAUCGCUUAUGCCAUGUGCUGUUUCAGAUAAGGCAUUGAGAUUUUUUUUGGAAGCACAGUAUUAAUUGAAGAAAAAGAAGUAAAGAAGAAAAUGCCUAACCAAAAGCAUAAAUAUCGGCGUGCCUAUGCCCAUCCAGUUGUAAAGCCGGUGCUGACAUGUUACCUGGUGCUUGCCUCCCUGGUUGGAGCUUUUGGGUCUUCUUUUCUUUAUGGCUAUAAUCUUUCAGUAGUGAAUGCACCAUCAGUGUAUAUCAAGUCCUUUUUUAAUGAAACAUGGAGAAGGAGAUAUGACUACCCUAUGGACAAUGGGACGCUGACACUUCUCUGGUCUGUGACAGUCUCAGUUUUUGCCUGUGGUGGCCUUGUGGGGGCUUUAAUUGUGGUUCCACUAGUAAAACGCUUGGGAAGAAAAGGUACACUUCUACUUAAUAAUGCCUUUGCUGUUGUUGCUUCGCUUUUAAUGGCACUAAGUGAAAUAGCCAGUUCCUUUGAAAUGCUUAUACUUGGUCGUUUUGUCGUUGGUAUUGAUGCAGGCAUUGCACUCACCGCCCUUCCAAUGUACUUGGGUGAAAUUUCUCCAAAGCAAAUAAGAGGAUCCUUGGGGCAGGUCACAGCUAUCUUUAUCUGCUGUGGUGUGUUUAGUGGCCAGGUUUUGGGGCUUCCAGAGCUACUAGGAAAGGAAUCCACAUGGCCAAUCCUAUUUGGAGUGAUUGUAGUUCCUGCUUUGACACAACUUGCAAUCCUACCAUUUCUUCCAGAAAGUCCCAGAUUCUUGCUGCUUGAAAAACAGGAUACCAAAAGAGCAGAAAAAGCAUACCAGAUUUUUCUUGGAAAAGGAGAUGUGUCUGAAGAAAUAAAAGAGGUCCAAGAGGAAAAGAAGGCACAGACAAAUAUUCAAAUUACCUCGGUGUUGGACUUACUGAGAAACCGCACUGCUCGCUGGCAGUUAAUCACUGUAAUUAUUAUAAUGGCCUGUUACCAGCUCUGUGGGCUGAAUGCUAUCUGGUUUUACACUAAUAGCAUUUUCACAGAAGUUGGUUUUAAGAAAGAAACAAUCCCAUAUAUCACGUUAAGUACAGGUGGAAUAGAAAUUGUGGCUGCUGUUAUUUCUGGAUUAGUGGUUGAGCGACUUGGUCGUAGACCUCUACUCAUUGGAGGAUUUAGUUCCAUGGCUGUCUUCUUUGGAAUGCUGACUGUGUCUCUAAAUUUGCAGAAAACCGUGUUGUGGAUGCCAUAUGUUAGCAUCAUCUGCAUUCUAGGAGUUAUUGCUUCAUUUUGUAUUGGCCCAGGUGGAAUUCCUUUUAUCCUAACUGGAGAAUUGUUCCAGCAGUCUGAUCGGCCUGCUGCAUUUUUGGUUGCAGGGAGUGUGAACUGGAUAUCCAACUUCAUAGUGGGGCUUGUCUUCCCUUUUAUACAGGAAGGUCUUCAAACAUUUUGCUUCUUAGUAUUUGUGGGAACCUGUCUGGGAUGUGCCAUUUACCUAUACUUCAUCUUACCUGAAACAAAGUGCAAGACCUUUGCUGAAAUUAAUCAGUCCUUUGCCAGAAUCAACAAGAUCUCACACUUGGAAGUAAAAGCAGACCAGCUUUGCAAAACAGAAGGAAAUGAAUUUAUGAAUGGCGAGAUUGAAGUUUUAGAGCUUGUAAAUGAACAUAAAAAAACUGAUAAUGAAUAUUUAAAAACUGAACCUUUAUGAAUGUUUACACGCAGUUUACAAUAAAGUCAACAUUGCAACUAUU